AUGGUGUCUGGGGGAAGCUAUGGUGGCCUAGCCACCCCGACACCUCAACCUCAGAUGCGUCGCCACAAGAAGAGGCAAAUGCUUGAUCCUAGUCUCUAUCGUACUACUGAUGCGGAUGGUGACCCUGUGACUGUCUUGGCUGGGGCUCAGACCACCAUAUAUGAUGAAGAUGGCGAUCCAUCGACGACACUUGUUAUGACGUUUAGUACCGUGCAGUCCACGCGAAGUUUCCGACGAGCUUCUAACUGA